ACUGCUAUUGUAGAAUUUGUGCGAGCAUUAAGCUGUGUCUCGUGGGAAGAGAUACAGUCUUCAACCAUGACAGAGCAUCCAAGAAUGUUUAGUUUACAAAAACUAGUUGAGAUUUCAUAUUAUAAUAUGGGUCGUAUCCGAAUGGAAUGGUCUAAUAUGUGGGCCAUAUUAGGUGAUCAUUUCAAUAUGGUGGGAUGUCAUCCAAAUAUUAAUGUUGGAUUCUUUGCCAUCGAUUCUCUUCGUCAGCUUGCAAUGCAAUUUUUGGGAAAGGAAGAACUUCCUCAUUUUAAAUUUCAGAAGGACUUUUUAAGGCCUUUUGAAUAUAUAUUAGUCAAUAAUGCCAAUAUUUCCAUAAAAGACAUGGUGUUGCGUUGUGUUCACCAAAUGAUACAAGCUCGAUCACACAACAUCAAAUCUGGAUGGAAAGCUUUAUUUGGUGUUUUGUCUGCUGCAGCAAAAGAAACGAAUGAAUCAAUUGUUAUAAUGGCAUUCGACAUUGUUAAAAUGAUAGUAAAAGAUCAAUUUGAUGGUAUUGUAUCCAAUAGUACUUACCCUGAUCUUAUGGUUUGCCUUACGGAAUUUUGUAAAAACAAGCGAUUUCAAAAAACAAGUCUUCAAGCAAUUGAUCUUAUGUGCAUGUCUAUAGUAAAGAUGCUAGAGUAUCCACAAUAUAAAAUACAUUCUUCCAUUAAUGGACCUAAUGGCGUUGCGAAUUCGACUGGAGUCAAAAUUACUAACGAUGAUCCUUCAUUCAAAUUUUGGUAUCCAUUACUAUUUGGAUUUCAUGAUGUUAUAAUGAAUGGCGAAGAUUUAGAAGUUAGGACAAGAGCCUUAAUUUCUAUGUUUGACACCCUUAAAAAAUAUGGUAAUACAUAUUCUUUAGAGUUUUGGAGUGUAAUAUGUCGUCAAGUUCUUUUUCCUAUCUUUGGUGUAUUAAGAUCACGUUCGGAUAUAUCCAAAUUCUCAAGUCACGAAGAUAUGAGUGUUUGGUUAUCAACUACUAUGAUCCAAGCUCUUCGUAAUAUGAUUGAUUUGUUCACACAUUAUUUCGACACGCUUGAAGUAAUGAUUGACGGGAUAUUAGAUUUACUUGGUUCUUGUAUGACACAAGAGAACGAUACGCUCGCGCGUAUUGGGAGCUCUUGUUUACAAACACUGAUUCAAGAUAAUGUAAAGAAGCUUGACUAUAAGCAUUGGGGAAAAAUUAGUUCAAUGUUUGUCCAGUUAUUUGAAACAACUACUCCAUAUAAUUUACUUAAUGAAGGACACUACUUCAUUGAUGCUGCUAACCAAUUUUCAGAAAAAUCCAAUGGGCUUACCGAAAUAUAUGGUCAAAAUGGGCAUAAUGUAAACGGGUUCGUUUCUGAAAUAGAUUUGAACACUCGAUCCAUGAUUGAAGAACAUUAUUCCGAACCCGAACAUACAUCAACAACCGUGACUCAUGAUGAGCAAAGAACCCAAAAAUUCAAUAAGAUUAUUAUAAAGUGUCUGCUUCAACUAUUGUUAAUAGAUACUGUAAAUGAAUUUUUAAGCAAUGAUACGGUAUACGAGUCAAUUCCCGCCGUGCAUUUAUUGAUAAUUGGCGAAUGCUUAAACAAAUCAUAUAGCUUUGCACGAAAAUUCAAUGAAGAUAAAGAAUUGAGAGUGGCACUCUGGAAAAUAGGGCUUAUGAAACAGUUGCCCAACAUGCUUAAGCAAGAAUCAAGCAGUGCAUCGUGCUAUCUAGAUCUUUUGAGAAGAAUGCAUGAUGAUAGUUCCCCAAACCGUCUUGAGCGAAAACUAGAUGUUGAACGAAAGCUAAUACCGUUAACACAACAAAUAUUGAAACACUUCAAUUCAUUGGACCCCGAGUCACAAACACGGAAUAUUAACGCGUGGGCGCCUAUAGUGACUACAGUUUUAAAUGCAUAUGUCCACUUUAAAGAUGAUGAUCUUGUACGAUAUCUUCCUGACUUCUAUCCGGAAGCGAUUAAUCUAUUAUCACACAAUAUUACUGCUGCUGAAGUACGGACAGCAUUACAGAAAUUUCUUUUACGCACUGCCUCAUUGUAUAAUAUUAUUCCACCAACAACUUUAGAUUCCAGCACAAAUUCAUCACUAAAAUAG